CCGUUUCGCCAGCGUCGUUUCACACCAUGCGCCGACGGAACGAGGCGCCACGUAUGGAGAUCGCGGUCGACACCACUGUGCUCGAGCGCAGUCGAGCAAAGCGAACCAAAUUCGCCGACCGCCAAGCCGCAGUGCUUGCCGGCGUCGGCGCAACCGCCAUGGAGCUUCGGCGCCGGCUCUUCAACCGCCGCCACUUGAAGUAUGGUGGCAAGCCCGGCGACUUGCCGCUCGUGCAGGAAGCCAAGUCGGAGAGCCUCAACAUCCGCCUUGCCAUCAUCGACCAAGAGGCUCGAAGCCGGGCGCUCGACAGCGAAUUUCAAUCACACACCAAGCUCGAGCAGUCGUUCCGACGGCUGCAGGACACGCUGCAGACGAGUGCCACGGACGUCCGGGGCAAGCAAGCCAAGUUGAAGGAGCUCGAGCAGCGCCUGCGUCUCCUCCAGACAACGACCCACGACCCGCUCACACCGAUUCAAGCGAUCGAGGCGGCGACAAAGGUGGCUUUCGAGCUCAACGAACACAAGGCCGCGUACCUCCCGACGUUCAUAUGCCGCGUGUGCGCGCGGGUGUGCGCGACGGACGCCCUUCUGCGGCUCCACGAGCCGUACUGCAAAGGUCUCGUGUUCCGCGAAGACGCGUUCGACGUGACAGCCUACAAACGGUGCCAUCUCUGCUACCGGUACGUCCUCCCUGCCGCAGUCGACGACCAUGCGCAAGCGUGUACGGCUGCAAUGGACCGAAAACAGCGCUUGCUACAACGCCCCGAGUACGACGUUGCCGGGUGCGUGCCUGAGCCACCGACGCAGCUGCGCGUUGUGGCGGUGACGAGCCACUCGAUCGAGUUGGCGUGGGCCGCCCCAGUCUUUACCGGCGGCCUCGGCGUGUUCGAGUACGAACUUCGCGUCUCCAAGGUCGUGCAGGAAAAGUUUCAGCGGCUGCAGCACCGCCAGCACGAGCACACGCUUGUCGCGCUGCCACCGGUGCAAACGUCGCGCUGGGUCGACCGCGUGCCGUUGGCAGCGUGCUGCAUCGUUGUACAAGGUCUCUCGGCCAAGACGACGUACGGCGACAUUGCCAUCCGCGCCAAGACCGAAAACGGCUUUGGCGGCUACUCGAUGCCGAUCGACCUUGUCACGACGUUGGAGCCCACACCACCAAGCGUGCCGCUCUUCUUCACGCUCGGGCUUGUCACCAUGACGUCGAUUACGCUGAGCUGGAUGAGUCCCAUGGACUUGGGCGGCGGCGUCGUCGACGAGUUUGUCAUUUUGUACACGACGCUCGUGCAAGUGCACGUUGACGGCGCCGACGCUUUGGACAUGUCGCAGAGCGAAGAGCGCGAGUUCACGCUCAAGUACGCCCUGCCAAUGGUCGAGUGGAGUCCACACGAGGCGUAUGCCACCAACAAUAUGCUCUACAGCUAUACGAUCGAGGCGCUGCAGCCCGGAAAACUCUAUUCCAAUCUUCGCGUGUACGCUGUGACGUCGGACGGUCUCUGCAGCCCCGAGACGUUGGCUCUGGAGCCUGUCCGCACGCUCGUCGCGGGUAAGGAGUUCAAGCUCAUCGCCGAGCUCCAAGAGGCCAUCAACAGCCGCGCAACGUACAUCGACUCGUCGUUCUACAAUGGGUUUCCGCAGCGCUACGAGCGGCUCUACUACUUGCGCUUGCUGGCCAAGACGAUCAAGGCGCACCACCCCGCGCUCGCCGACCGCGUCGAUGCCAUGCUUCCGCUCGACGGUGACUCCGACUCGGAUUCGGACUCGGAAGCGGAUGAGGACACGCCGCCGUCGACGCCAGCGAUGCCAGUCGUCGAGGAAGAGCGACCCAAGACAGCCGCCGAGAUGGUCGCCGACGCCGCGGCCAAGCGCUUGGAGACACAAAAGACCCGACGCAAGCAAUUCCAGUACCGACUGCACCAGCUGCGGCACCACUUGGACGUGCUGGCACACAACAUUGACUGGGCCGACGACCGCACGACGGUCUUGCUCUCGCUCAUUGCGGCCGCCGAGCAGCGCAUUCUCGAUAAGCAAGCCGAACUCGAGCGCGCCAAAGCAUUUCGAGGCCCCUCGAUGGACUCAAUUGUCAUGCACGGUGGACUGCAACAUUUCAAAACCAAGGAGCUCGUGCAAGCCCUCGAAGAAGAGCUCGACAUUGAGCACUUUUACAUUAGCGACACGAAAGAGGAGCUCCGUCACAUCGAAGACCAGAAGAACGCCGACAUCCGCAGCUUGGCGAGUAAGCAAGCGCAACUUUCGGCGCGGCAAGUGGCCCUCGAAAAGUUUGAGACGGACUGUGAACUCGACGCGUUCGUCGCCGAGCGUGGGGCCAAAGUCCUCUUACGCUUGCAAUCACAGUCGCUCGCCUACGUCUUUGACAACUGGACGCGCUUCGUCACGCAGCGCAAAGCAUCCCGUGCCGUGGUUGCCAAGGUUGUAGCACGACUCGAACAGAGCCUUCUCCGUCCCGCAUGGCGAUCGUGGAUCGUGUUUUGGGAGUUUGAAGCGAACAAGCAAGUCGCCCCCGAUGGUGUCGUCAGCCUCGGUGGUCUCGGCUUGAAGGCGGUCCAUGUCAACCGCGUGCUCAUGCAGCAAGACUGCUAUGCAGCGCUGCAUGCGUGUCGGGACGUGGCAUCGAAUCUCGUCGACGCGGGUCGCACCAACGACGAGCGCGCUGCCAAGGCCCGCAAUGUCUUUGAGAAGGAGCGCAAAAAGCUCGCCCAAGCCGCCAGCAUACCGCAGUCGAUAUCGACCUUGUGGACUCAAGGGGCGACGCAACUCGACAUUGGCGAUUACGAACCCGCUCUCUUCACGUACGAGAAGCUCGUUGAUGCCCUCCCCAACGAUGCCGAUCGAUUCAACCAAACACAAUUGGCCAACGCACUCAAUCACAUUGGCCGGGUGGCCUUUCUACUCAAGCGGUACGAGAAGGCCAUGAUUGCGUUCGAGCGCGCGGUGGGAAUUUGCGACCGCAUUGGCGACCCGAAGGAAACUGCGUUCGCCAUGCGAGGACUUGCCGACUGCCACCUCGUGUCGCGCGGCUUCAAGCCCGCGCUCCAGCUUUACAUGAAAGCAUGCAGCGCCGCCGAAGACGUGAGUGAUGUGCCGACGCAAAUCGCGGCGCACCAUGGCAUUGCGGCCUGCUACCGGGCGUGGGACGACACGCUUCUGGCCAACGAAGCCGCGACAAAGGCCCGGGCGCUAGAGCGCUGCAUCGACGACAAGGUCGACCACAUCGAGCACGCCCUCGACGCACUCAAGGCCAAGCUCAUCACGGUCAGUGCCAAGGUCGCCGCGACGUUCCAGCUCGAGCGGGUGGGGGCCAUCGUACCCAAGUUGCGAGCGGAGCGGCUCCAGUGCAAAAUCACCAUUCUCGAAGAAGAAAAAGUUCUUAGCGCGCUCACGUCGCUCGUCGAGUCGAAAGCGGCGCUUCUGGCGCAAGGACGCGACGACCUCAAGCGCAGCGAAGUGAGCGACGCUGAGUACGUCGACUCGUCCGUCUUUCUGGGCGUCUCGACGCGGUAUGCGAUCAAGGACUUUACGGAGAAAUUACGCAUUUUCAUGGACCGUCUCCGGGUGGCCAAAGCCGCCAUCGAAAACGAGCAAACAAACGCGUCGACGCGCAUCACGAACGAGCGCGAGCGCAUCCAAGAGUGCGAGGACGAACUCGUCAUUGAGACGGGCGAUCUCAUGCGCCGCGUGCGCGGCAAAGACGUCUUUCGCUGCUUUCGUUUCAACGCGGUCAAUGCCAUCUUCAAGGACGUGCUGGGUCAUGCCAGUGGUGGCGUCUCGACGUGCGUGGCCAGCGUCGGCCCGACGCUCUUUGUGUACGACCUGCACACUGGUGUGUGUAUGGGGCAAGGGGUCGGGGAUGCGAAUACCGACCCGAACGCGCCAGUGCAUCUCGGUGGCAUUGAAGGCCACCUCAAGAUGAUCAUGUGCGUCUACGCACUCAACGAUUACGUGUACACGGGCAGCAUGGACUGCUCGCUCAUCGUGUGGAAGCUCAUCGACGGCAUGCGCCCGUCCUUUGUCCACCGCUUUGACGAGUUUGAUGCCGCGGUGAUGUCGGUCACCGCGACGCUGCAGUUUAUUUGCGCGGGCACGGCCGACUGCACACUCUAUGUCUAUGACGCCACGUCGUUUGCUCGCAUCGCUGUCGUGCCGUCGGCCCACUACCGCACCAUCACGUUCUUGGUCAUGGACGCGACCUUGCUCGCCUCGGGCGGCGCCGACAACGAAAUCCGACUCUGGCAUUUUUCGCUCAAAACGGCGGCCGAGAAGCGCUACACCAAGCUGGCACGCCUUCGGCCCGAACGCGACGGCCACGAAUGGGUCCGCGGGCACGUCGACCCGGUGUCGUGUGUGCAGAUUGCCGACAACGAGAUUGUAAGCGGCGACCGCGGUGGCCGCAUCGUGCUCUGGGACUCAGUCAAAGGCAGCAUUCGCCGUGAGAUUCGAAAAGCACAUGAAGCAGCGAUCACGUGCCUUGCGUUCGACACGCUGCGCGUCAUCAGCGGCGACGCGUCGGGAAAGAUCUCGAUCAGUGACGUCAUCAGUGGCCUCGUGCUGCAGACGCUGCUCGGACACACGGCGCGUGUUCUCGAUGUCCAAGUCGACCGGACCAUGCUCCUGAGCUGCUCGGAAGACGGCAGCCUGCGGCAAUGGACGUUUCAGUCGCGUGAUGGCAGCGCGUCACGCGGCCACCGGUAUCACAUUCUGGGCGCGGGCGAGACGCUGCGGUCGCUCUCGCUGCAGUACCACACCAGUGUCAACGAUCUGCGGCGCUGGAACAACAUUGUGGACGUGACAAAAAUGUACCUUGGCCAACAGCUUCUCGUGCAGACGACGGUCGUUGAAACCAAAGUCGUCGAGCCCGUCUCGGUCGUCUUUGGCAAGCUCGCGCUGGAAGAAACGAGCUUCUUGCUGAGCAACCGCAACGGCAAAGCAUCCCUCGACGACCGGAUUCGGGAAACCACCGACCGCUUCGAGCGCGUGCUGAAGACGGGGGAUGCGAGCAACCCAGUUGCUGAGGAGAGCGACGACGAUGUCAAGUCUGCAGACAACGGCGACGGCGACGAUGAUGAUGAUGACGACGACGAUGAUAAUGGCAGUGAGGGCCAAGUCGAUGAUGACGUCGAUGGCGGCGACGCACCAGAAGACAGCGAGCCUGGCGACGAAGCAUAACGAUCGUCGGGUCCACCUUGGCGCUAGAAUAGUGUCCUAAACCAUGACGACCAGCUGUUUACACAUC